UGCAUCUUUAAUUUUGCCUUUUGCUAGUGUUGAUCAUGGUCUCACUGACGUGGAUGAUUUUCAAUUUACGUGAAGGAAAGUGUAUUUGAGAAUUUAUUUGGACACCAAACGGUGCAACAAGUUUUCUGGACUAAGAAGUUGAAUAAAUUUGGCCAAGGCAAGAUGUUGCAAGAACCGGCAGAUGGGGGAUCGGGGCCAAACACGAUCGUUUUGGCGUGGAAAAGACUUCAACAGCUGUAUCAGCUACUUUUGGAUGAGUGGACACCGCACGUCAGAGUGCGUUGGGCUGCAACAGGAGCCCUUUUAUUCACAUUAAUUUUCAGAGUCAUAAUAUGCCAGGGCUGGUAUAUCGUGACAUAUGCGCUGGGAAUAUAUCACCUCAACCUGUUCAUAGCAUUCUUAUCACCAAAAAUAGAUCCUGCCAUGUCAGACUAUGAUGAUGAUGGUCCAGAGCUCCCAACUAGUAACAAUGAGGAGUUUCGACCUUUUAUUAGACGGCUACCCGAGUUCAAGUUCUGGUACUCGGUGAGCAAGUCGACGCUCAUCGCUAUGGUGUGCACCAUGUUUGACUGCUUCAACAUCCCCGUGUUCUGGCCCAUCCUGGUCAUGUACUUCAUCACCCUUUUCUGCAUCACGAUGAAGAGGCAGAUCAAGCACAUGAUCAAGUAUCGUUAUCUGCCGUUCACCCACAGCAAGCCCCGAUACCAAAAUCAGCCUGAUGCGGCCAAGCCAGAAGCUGCUCCUUUGGUUGCUGAUAUUUGAGAGCCUGUGUUUUGCGCUGGACACACCAUCCUCGGCAUGUCUUAAAACACGCCCGCUUAACUUUCCUAAUUUGUGACCAAAAGCAUGCUGCUAAGUAUUAUAUCUCAUUUCGGGACGAAUUUUUGUUCAAUAUAUAAAUCACAAUUAUUGCACUAAUGAAAUUGACAAGAUCAAAUGAAAAAAUAUUGGAAAAACAUAAAGAGUUCUAUGAAUUAAAGUUUUUUGAUUGUGUAUAAGUGCAAGUAUAGUACACGGUUGUUGUUAAAAGUUUCCUUGCAGUGAGAGAGAAAUGUUAAAAUGGAGCAAACUGAAAGGCUCUCAAUUGCCAUUAUUUAAUUUUUUGCUGUUCUUACAAAAUUUUCUAAAAUAAAAAAUAAAGGAUGAUUUUAUGCACAAUAAUUUUAAAGAAGUUUGUCGACUCUGGCUUAAUUUUGAUACAACAAAAACAAUGAGAAAUAAAUCAAAAUGCAAAUCCUCAAAAAAGUAAAAUAACGUUUGUAGUGACGAUAAAAGUCUGUUUAAUUACCGUUCGUUUAAUAAACUUUUGUAAUGAAUUUUGUAAAAUAAGUGA